CUGUGUGAUUGCACUGUCUGUGCCCGUAUUACGCGUAUAGACAAUUUAUACACACAUUAUACAUAGCGAAUCAGCAUCUAUCGCGCCUAAUUGCCUUCCCUUUUUUUUGAAUGACGAAGUCAGUUCGUUGCCAUUAGCCGCCGGAACAUUACUGCGUAGAUGUUAAAUUUUGUGAUUUGAGUUCGGUCUUUCAUUCCGAACCGUCCGGUACAUCACUUGUCGUUAUUUUUCGGCAUUCGUUGUUCACUGGAUUACUGUGUGAACUAUCUAGUCGCCGCCUCGUCUAGUUCCGUGUUCGUCCGUUCUUUUGACACCGACGACCUCUUCUAAAUGGGAAGUGUGAACAACGCGGUUCGAUGCGGUUUCAUUUGUCGUUUAUGUUCAAAAAUCGACAGGCGAGUGAUACAUAUAUUUGGCGAACUGGGAAGAAAACAUAAUUUAGUUCAGAAAAUUCGAGAUUAUCUACCUAUCAAGAUUAAAUCAUCAGAUGGUUUACCACUUACAUUAUGUGUGUCAUGUGUACAACGUUUAAAUCGGAGGCAUACAUUACAAAUGGCUAUUAAACAUAACAAUGCUAGAAUACUUACUCGUUCUAGAGUAUCCCAUACCACCGACACCCAAGAAUGGGACCAUCGUCAACAAAUAAAUCUUAGUCCAGAAUUUAAUUCAAUUGCGGUCCAUUCAAUAUGAUUUUAGUCUUCGUAUUAUUGUAUAUACCUAUUCAUUUUUUUUUUUAAUUGAAGACUGUUUUUACAAUUGAGUUCAAAGCAGAAGAGACAAUUAUAAAGUAACAUGCUGAAUAUAUUUGUCAACCUCAUCUGUGAAUCACUAACAUAUUUUAUUAACGGAUUUUUUUUAAUUUAAUAAGUCAAGCAACAGAAUUAUUUAAAAUAAAUUUUCGAGAAAAAAUUUUUAUUUUUGUGUAAAACAAUAAUAUGAAUUUUUUAAAUUAUUUAUUUUUGAUUAUGUGCAAGUUAAAUAAUAAUAGUUAAUGCUUAUUUUAAAUAAGAAUAGAUUAUGUAGGCCUAUUAGUUUUAAUGUAGGGGUAGUCAGAGUAAAAUAUGUUAAUAAUACUAUUAAAUUUCAUUGGUUCUAUCUUGUGAUCUUAAAAAUUAAAAAUUUGUGUUUUAAACAAAGUUUAAAUCUUAUAAAAACAAAAUUAGAUAUUUUUCAUCAUUACUUUUAUAUAUAUACAAAAAUACUUAUGUUUACUUAACAAUCUAUUUUUUAUUGACCACUAAUAUAUUUAUAAAUUAGUUGUGCCAUAUAAAUUUUUUUGAAAUUUUUUUUUUAUAUAAAAAAAACUUUCCUGAUCUCAAACUUAUGGAAAGAUUUUUACUAAAGUAUAUUAUAAAAUUAACAUAUUUAUUUUGACAUCCUGAACAAUAUCUUUAAUACUAUCGUUUAUUUUUAAUCUCAGUAAAGUGAGUGCCUAUGUUUGAUUAAUAUUUACUAAUUAAGAUAUGAUAAGGCAAUAAUUUAUUUAUAAGUCAAUAGAAAUGCAAAAGUGCAAUAUGAAUAAAAAGUGCUGACUUUUAAUUGUUAAAUUAUAUUUUACAAUUUGAAUGUAAUUUGUGACAGUUACUAUUAAGUUUGGAUUAUCGAUCUAUGUAAAUUAAAAAAUUUAUAAAAAAAUUUUCAAUUCUAAUGAUUUCUUAAAUCUAACGUUUUGAAAAUAUCUUAAUAUUAAUUACUAAAUUAAAUAUGCAAUAAAAAUUAUUUUUAAGUAUUAAAUAAAAAUAUUUUCAGUACA